AUAAUAAAUAAAUACUGGAGAAAAAAAAAUAUCUAGAAAACGUCAUUCGUGUUUCGUGGAUUGACCGCUGUAUGGAUACCAUUCAUUUCAAUCGAAAACAUUGUUUCAUCGAGAAAAUAUCCAAACUUUGAUAUAUAAAAUUCACAUAAUAAUUGUGUUUGUUUACAAUUGUUUCAAAAAAAUUCUAUCCAAUAUUGCAAACUAUUUCGUCAAAUGGCCUCAAACGAUAAAGAUGAUGAUGAACUUACAAUACCGCGUGCGGCAAUCAAUAAAUUGAUCAAAGAGAUUGUACCAGAUAUUCGUGUGGCCAAUGAUUCUCGUGAAUUUAUUCUUCAAUGUUGUUCAGAAUUUAUACAUAAAAUAACAACAGAAGCAAAUUUAAUAUGUGAAAGUCAACAGAAAAAAACAAUGUCGGCUGAACAUGUUCUAUCAGCACUUGAUCGACUUGGUUUCUCCAAUUAUAAAUCCGAAGCCGAAUCUGUUAUGAAUGAUUGUAAAGGUAAAAGACGACGACAAUCAACACGUUUGGAACAUUUAGGCAUACCUGAAGAAGAACUACUUAGACAACAACAAGAAUUAUUCGCUAAAGCUAGACAAGAACAAGCAUUGAUUGAACAACAAGAAUGGUUACAAAUGCAAAACGCGGCCAUUGCUCAGCAUAGUUUAAAUGUUCCAAAUGAAGAUGAAGAAUAUGAAUCCUGAAUCAUCAUAAAUUAUAAUCAAUUAUAUCACCAUUAA